AUGGCUUCCACUCCUUCAGAAGACUCGAGCAGUCCGCUGCAGUCGCCCUCGUCCACAGCCUCCCCUCCAGAGUCGCCAGACUCGAGUCGCCCUCAAAUGUCGCCCCACUCCAUCUCUUCACCCCCGGUCCCCUCGGCCGCCAACAUGACCUCGUCGUCCACUCCCCUCGGUAACGUCAAUGCCGCCAGACGCCCUGCCCCCACUGUUAGCACUAUGGGCCGUGGAGGUGCUGUCAAUCCCGACAUCAUUGCCAGAAUGAAGGCCUUCCAUAUGAACAGACAGGGUGCUCCUGCUGNNCAGGUCGUGCCCCUCCCACUACUCCUGGCGCCACCACUCCCGGCCCUGGUGGUCCUUCUCCGACCGGUCCCCAGAUGCCUGGUGGCCUUCCCGCUAACUUCCGUAUGCCACCCGGCGUCCCCGGCAGCCGACCCGNGUCCUCCAAGCUUUGCUUCCUCUCCCAACGUGAGCACCGGCAGAGGUCCUUCACUCGCCGAGAAGCGUGGUCUCAAAAUGCCUGGAGGUCUUCCUGGCGCUCCCCCAGCCGCCGGUGGCAGACAAAAGCCUAAGAUGACUUUGUCAGGCAUGAACGGUGGUGCCGGCGGUGACUCUGCUCCACCCAAACAAGAAUCCCAAUUGGACAGAUACGCUGAAUACAUUGACAAGGAGACAGGCAGUCUCAAGUUCAAGGGCAAAGCUAUUCUCAACAGCAAAGGAGUCCAAUUCUCGUCAGGCCAGUCAUUCCAGAUUUCGCUGGACGAAGUCGACACACUUGAUGAGCUAGGCAAAGGAAACUACGGUACAGUCUACAAGGUCCGUCAUUCAAGACCGCAAAUGCGCAAGGUCGGCCAAGGUUUGGCUGGAAACAAGGCUGGACCUGGCGAGACAAGAGAUGAGGCGGCCGCUCCUCGCGGAAACACAACAGGCAUUGUCAUGGCCAUGAAGGAGAUGCGUCUCGAGCUUGAAGAUUCAAAGUUUGCGACCAUCAUCAUGGAACUUGACGUCUUGCAUCGUUGCGCUUCCCCCUUCAUCGUCGACUUUUACGGUGCUUUCUUCCAAGAAGGAGCCGUCUACAUCUGUAUGGAGUUCAUGGACGGUGGUUCCAUGGAUAAGCUGUACGGUGACGGUGUGCCUGAGAAUGUUCUCCGUAAGGUCACUCUCGCAACAACACGCGGCCUCAAGUCCCUCAAGGAUGAACAUAACAUCAUCCAUCGCGACGUCAAGCCAACAAACAUUCUGGUCAACACGGCUGGCGCCAUCAAGAUUUGCGAUUUCGGUGUUAGCGGAAACCUGGUCGCCUCGAUCGCAAAGACAAAUAUUGGAUGUCAAUCAUACAUGGCUCCUGAACGUAUCAGCUCUGGUGGAGUCGCUCAGGCUGGUGCCAACCCUGGUGGCGGUACCUACAGCGUUCAGAGUGAUAUCUGGAGUUUGGGUUUGACCAUUAUUGAGUGCGCCAUGGGCAGAUACCCAUACCCACCCGAAACAUAUGACAACAUCUUCAGUCAAUUGAGUGUAAGUAUUGGCCUUUUGAUGAUAUGGCAACCGGCGCUGACCAUCGUAAUAGNNGCUAUUGUGGACGGAGAGCCACCAGAUCUUCCCACCGGCGAAUUCAGCGAUGCAGCACGCAACUUUGUUGCAGGCUGCUUGAACAAGAUCCCCAAGCUUCGACCCACAUACGCUAUGCUACUUCAACACGCAUGGCUCGCUCCAUUGAUAAAACCAGACGUCAUUGCCGAAGAAGACGAAGAAGAGGCCGAAGCUGAGGAUGCCUCUGCGACACAAGGAGAAGGUCUCGGUGCGUCGGAGAGCGAGAUUGACGCAGCAUCCAAGGCACAACAAUUCGGAGACACUGAGAAGUGGGUCGACCGUGAGGUCGGUGAAUGGGUGCGCGGGCAGAUCGAGAAGAAGAGAAACGGCACAUUGGGCAGGAAGGCGAAGCCUGCACUUCAUGCGGCGCCGCUCGAUGCCACAUCGAGUACCAAGUCCAACAAGGGUGCUGUAGCAGUAUAG